CUAACCUAACCUUUUCAGUCAUUCGUCGUGUUUGAAGAAUUUUUUCUUCUCUUCCUCCGAGAAAAUCAAUUUUCCUUUCAAAAUGUACAGUUUGAAGCCAAUUGUGACGGAAUUUGAGGUGGAUAGACCCAAAAACAUGUACGUCAUAAAAGAAAUUAAUCCAAGGACUGAUAAUUUUUUAACAAAUCUCGAGAAUAGUCUCAAUGUGAACAGGGAGGGAGAUCUCGGUGAUUUGGAGGAGAAGCAGGAGCUUUUGCUUGAGAAACUGAAGCAACUGAAGAGUCAAUUGGUUGCCCUUCAGGAGGGCCUACCAAUUUGCCGGAAGCCCGGAACAAGUCAACCAGGGGCUGCAGCAGUAGAUUUUCCUCAAGAUUUAGUUAUUUCAGUUGAUCCUGCCACAAUUCCUUACAGCUUAUUCUUGGUGCUGAAGCAGAAGAGGACAUCAAUCUCAUUUGCAGUUACCUUCUAUACUCACUCGACUGUUACAAAGCUUCCGGAAGAGGCUGAGAAGUUUGCGGAAGAAAUUACUGGAUUGAGCUCUGGGAGCGGUGUGAGGGUAUCGGUUAUUUGGAAAAAGGGAAUGCCAUCGACUUUUGAGGUCAUUGUCAAUCCAACCACGUCCUUUUGGGGUGAGGACAAUUUCAUCCGGUAUCUGACACGUCUGGGAGUUUUAGAACGGUCUCCGGAGGCUCAAGAUCUUCUCUUGGACAUGUCCCAUCAGCUUCUGGCUGCCAGUGAGGACAGAAAGGAACAAACGAAGCUUGCCGAUCGACUUACGGGUGCCCUUAAGAAACAGAAACCCACCCAGAUUGUGGAUUUCACCAUCUACUCUGCCCUUAGGAACUUCCGGAAUGCCACAAAGAGUGCAAAAAUUGAUUCUGUACUCAAGGAAAUCGAGGGACGCCUUUGAGCUUUGUACGCGUUGAUCUUGGUUGAAAAUCUUUAAUCACACAGAAUGAAAAUUGAAAUAAACUUUCUCUCUAUCA